GGCGGCAGUUGGGGCGGACGGGGGGCGGGGCAGGGCCCAUGAUGGCGCUGCGCUGUGUGGCUCCGGGCCGUGUCCGCUGGCUGGCCCGGGCUCUGGCGGGCCCUGCCCGGCUCCUGCCGCCGAACGCAGCCGCACCGGGCCCCGCCCGCGCCCGCCCGCCCCAGCCCAGCGCUCGGCUCGCCAGCACCGCCGGGCCUGGCACCGAGGGCCCUCAGCGACGCGUGGUGGURGUGAAGAUCACCAGCCCCAUCGCCUGGCUCCGCAGCCGCUUCUACUACCUGCUCAUCCGCCUCUACUUCGACCAGGAAUUCAGCAUCGAGGAGUUCACGCGGGGGGCCAAGCAGGCCUUUUCUGUUGUUUCAAAGCUGCUGUCUCAGCGUAAACUUGACAUGUUGGAAGGACUUGUAUCAGCAGAGGUGCUUCAGGUGCUGAAGGAAAAGAUUUCUUUGCUCCCUGACAGCCACAGGGAUGCUUUAGCAGCUGACAUUGAUUCAAUCAUGUACACAACAGAAGGAGAUGUUCGCAUUUACUAUGAUGAUGAUGGAAGAAAGUUUGUUAGCAUCCUGAUGUGCUUCUGGUAUCUGAAUGGUGCUAAUCUACCUGAUGAYGUACCAGGUGAAGCCAAAGUCUUCCAGAUUGUGUUUGGAGAUGAAAACACAAAAGAAAAGAAACAUCUUUUAACAGCCAACUAUGAGUUCCAAAGGGAGUUUACAGAAGGAGCAAAACCAGACUGGACUAUUACACGGCUUGAACAUCCAAGGAUAUUAGAAUAAAUGCCUUCUUCAGCCUUUUUACGUACCAUUGUAAUUGUUCUGAUCUMAAAAAUAUCAGGCUUUUUUGAGUCUUUCUUUUUUUCCCUUCCUGCCCUUUCCUCCAAAAGAGGAYGAAUUUUCUAAGUAUGAUUUCCAGAAAUUCUUAGGCUUGCACUGUGCUGCAGCAUUACAACAAAGCCUUUUCCCUGGAGCAGGCUGGUAGAAAUUUAAUUGGUUCUGAUGCUCAUCCAAGGCAUUUACACAGCACAGUUUCAUUCAGGCAGGUGUUACAGAUAUAUAAGUUUCUUACAUUCUGAGAAGAAAUGGUAUUAUUUGAAAAUAAACAACAAUUAAAUUAUUGAUGGCCCUUCUGAGUUACUUUCCUUUGUUUCUUUUUUUUCCCUAGGGACUGUACAAUAUAUARCUGAAUAAUAUGCAAGAUGAAAUAGAGGUAGAUGGACUUCUUAGCUUUUCUAGCCUCAGGAGUUCAUUUUGAGGUAAUCUGGCUUUUGAAUAUAUUUGAGAUUAGGAAAGUUAGAGCUGCUAUUAGUAUUUGCUACAGGAUUGGAGUAAGAAAAAGCUUUUGGCACUGCACUGGGAAUAUGAAUCAAAGAGAUACAUAUGGUUUGGAAAAUUUAAAAAAAACAUUUAUUUCAAUAACAUAUAGGCAAUUCCAACUUUAGAGAAUUAUGGAAGAAAAAUCAGUUGAAAACGUGAAUUUAAAAGAGGACUUGACAGUGAAGUUAAAUAAAGUCCUCUGUUUGAAAUGUGUGUUAAAGAAAUUAUCAAAUCCUUAAAAUUAGAUGAGGCAAUGGAACAAUUUCCUAGUUCUCACUGUAUCUCUGGUUUCUAGAACAUGAGAAUCCUGUUCUAAGUAGUUGUUUUUAUAUGCAAAUCAACAGGAGAUCAUAAUCAGUUUCUUCAUCCGAUAUAUCAACUUCAAAUAUAAAGCUCACUUCCUACCACCUUCUCCUUCCUUGUAGACAUUAGUGCAGUGUUUUGAAAGUGUAAAGUGURAUUACUGUGAUUCACAGUAGUUGUAGUUGAAGGUAUAAAUUAAAUUUUCCAUAGUUCAGCUCUUUUGAUCCAAUGACUUAAUGAGAGGAACAUCUAAAGCUUAUCAAGUAGUUGAUAACACACUUUUGCUGCAAAAUAWGUGAUUGGAAAUUUACAUGCACUGUUCUUUUGAAGUUGUUUAUCUCCUGUGGGUUGGAGCCAAAGCAGGCAGCAGUUCAAUGUUUGGGGUUUUUUGCCUGCCUCUAAUCUUCAAUUAAAAAAUUAUCCUGGAGACUGCAGAUCUCCAASAGACACAAAACUACCCAUGGACUUACUGCACCAUAAAUAAAUCAGAAAGGCAUAUAAACUACUAAGCUUGCUGUAUUGGAAAAUGGCAUUCUCCCACACUGAAUAAAACUGRUGUAAUUAAACUGGAUUUAUAGUCUAAUACUGCUUCAGAAGAAAAAACACCACCACCACCCCACUCCAGAAGAACCUUCACAAACCAGCCCCAAACCCAACUUUUGURAGUAAUGGACAAAUAUGGAAUGUUUGACUCCUUUUUAUCUGCCAUCCAUAAAUUCUUUGUCAUAAGUCUGACCAUCAUAGCAAUUAAUCAGACUGAAGUGAUGGUCACUGAAGGUCAUUUGUCAUUUUAUGGCUUCCACAUUUUCUCUUGUGRAAAUACUGUUCUUCUAAGUUGUUUGUUCAGGCAAAGCAAGAACUUCAGUUUUCUACACUGCUGUGCAAAAGUAGCAAUAUAUAUUUAGUUUCUUCAAGCUAGU